UGCGCAGCGGUCCACAAGGCACAGGUCCCGGAUGAGAAGGUGCUGACAGCAGUCGAGUCCCACCUUCUCUGUGUGCUGGGGAGCAGGGCCUGUGGCCCCAGUGUCACCGAUGCCGAAGAACAGCAAGGUGACCCAGCGUGAGCACAGCAGCGAGCAUGUCACGGAGUCGGUGGCCGACCUGCUGGCCCUCGAGGAGCCAGUGGACUACAAGCAGAGCGUCCUGAACGUGGCGGGCGGGCCAGGUGGCAAGCAGGCGGCGGCGGAGGAGGAGCUGGACGCCGAGGACCGGCCGGCCUGGAACAGCAAGCUGCAGUACAUCCUGGCCCAGAUCGGCUUCUCCGUGGGCCUCGGCAACAUCUGGAGGUUCCCCUACCUGUGCCAGAAAAACGGAGGCGGUGCCUACCUGGUGCCCUACCUGGUGCUGCUGAUCAUCAUCGGGAUCCCGCUCUUCUUCCUGGAGCUCGCCGUGGGCCAGCGCAUCCGCCGGGGCAGCAUCGGCGUGUGGCACUACGUGUGUCCCCGCCUGGGCGGCAUCGGCUUCUCCAGCUGCAUCGUCUGCCUCUUUGUUGGGCUGUAUUAUAAUGUGAUUAUCGGCUGGAGCAUCUUCUACUUCUUCAAGUCCUUCCAGUACCCACUGCCCUGGAGUGAAUGUCCUGUCGUCAGGAAUGGGACCGCGGCAGUGGUGGAGGCGGAGUGUGAAAAGAGCUCGGCCACCACCUACUUCUGGUACCGAGAGGCCUUGGACAUUUCCAACUCCAUCUCGGAGAGUGGGGGCCUCAACUGGAAGAUGACCCUGUGCCUCCUCGUGGCCUGGACCAUUGUGGGCAUGGCCGUCAUCAAGGGCAUCCAGUCCUCGGGGAAGGUGAUGUAUUUCAGCUCCCUCUUCCCCUACGUGGUGCUGGCCUGCUUCCUGGUCCGGGGGCUGCUGCUGCGAGGGGCCGUCGAUGGCAUCCUGCACAUGUUCACGCCCAAGCUGGAUAAGAUGCUGGACCCGCAGGUGUGGCGGGAAGCGGCCACGCAGGUCUUCUUCGCCCUGGGGCUGGGUUUCGGGGGCGUCAUCGCCUUCUCCAGCUACAACAAGCAGGACAACAACUGCCACUUCGACGCCGCCCUGGUGGCCUUGAUCAACUUCUUCACCUCGGUGCUGGCCACCCUCGUGGUGUUUGCUGUGCUGGGCUUCAAGGCCAACAUCAUGAAUGAGAAAUGCGUGGUUGAGAAUGCUGAGAAAAUCCUGGGGUACCUCCACUCCAACGUCCUGAGCCAGGACCUCAUCCCUCCCCACGUCAAUUUCUCCCACCUGACCACCAAGGACUACUCGGAGAUGUACAAGGUCAUCAUGACUGUGAAGGAGGACCAUUUCUCAGCCCUGGGCCUGGACCCCUGCGUGCUGGAGGACGAGCUGAACAAGUCCGUGCAGGGCACAGGCCUGGCCUUCAUCGCCUUCACCGAGGCCAUGACGCACUUCCCCGCCUCCCCGUUCUGGUCCGUCAUGUUCUUCCUGAUGCUCAUCAACCUGGGCCUGGGCAGUAUGAUCGGGACCAUGGCGGGCAUCACCACGCCCAUCAUCGACACCUUCAAGGUGCCCAAGGAGAUGUUCACAGUGGGCUGCUGUGUCUUUGCAUUCUUCGUGGGGCUGUUGUUCGUCCAGCGCUCGGGAAACUACUUUGUCACCAUGUUUGACGACUACUCGGCCACCCUGCCGCUCACCGUCAUCGUCAUCCUCGAGAACAUCGCUGUGGCCUGGAUCUACGGGACCAAGAAGUUCAUGCAGGAGCUGACGGAGAUGCUGGGCUUCCGGCCCUACCGCUUCUAUUUCUACAUGUGGAAGUUCGUGUCUCCCCUGUGCAUGGCUGUGCUCACCACAGCCAGCGUCAUCCAGCUGGCGGUCACGCCCCCAGGUUACAGCGCCUGGAUCAAAGAGGAGGCUGCCGAGCGCUACCUGUAUUUCCCCGACUGGGCCAUGGCGCUCCUGAUCAUCCUCAUCGUCGUGGCGACCCUGCCCAUCCCCGUGGUGUUCGUCCUGAGGCACUUCCACCUGCUGUCCGACGGCUCCAACACCCUGUCCGUGUCCUACAAGAAGGGCCGCAUGAUGAAGGACAUCUCCAACCUGGAGGAGAAUGACGAGACCCGCUUCAUCCUCAGCAAGGUGCCCAGCGAGGCGCCCUCCCCCAUGCCCACCCACCGCUCCUACCUGGGGCCCGGCAGCACGUCGCCCCUGGAGCCCAGCGGCAACCCCAACGGACGCUAUGGGAGCGGCUACCUCCUGGCCAGCACCCCGGAAUCGGACAAUAAAUCUGCAGAGACUGUUGCUUUCCUAGUGCCGGAGGCGCCUCCUGAGCCAGCCGGCACGGCCUGA